AAAAAUCGACCGUGUUUCUCUGCCAUUCCUCAAUCUUCCCCUGCCCUCAGACCCUUCAUUCCGAAUAAAUCCCUAAAAAUGGGGUCAAUCCCACGGGCAUCAACUCCGCCACCGCCGUGGGUGGAGCUGCCGCCAGAGAUAACAACGAUAAUUCUGCAAAAAUUGGGUACAAUUGAGAUUCUCACGACCGUCCAAUUGGUUUGUAAAACUUGGCGGGACCUGUGCGUCGACCCUGCCAUAUGGCGCAUUAUCGACCUGCGCAAUGAUAUGCGGAACGACGGAAGCCUCUUGGACUCCGCCUAUGACCUUGAGAAGAUUUGCCGCCACGCUGUCGAUCGUAGCCAAGGCCAGUUGAUUGAUAUCAACAUUGAGUUCUUUGGCACCGAUGACUUGCUCUGUUACAUCUCCCAGCGAUCAGGUCAACUCAGACGUCUACGGCUAGUAUUUUGCUAUCAUUUAUCUGGUGAAGCACUAAGCAAAGCGGUUAAGAAAAUGCCAUAUCUGGAGGAACUGCAACUGUACUAUACUAGAAUCACCAAAGAAGCUAUUGAAGCUGUUGGUCAUUCAUGCCCUCAUUUAAAGUGUUUUAGGUUGAAUAACCAAGGCUUUAGACGGCCACAAAUAGAAUGUGAUGAGGAGGCAUUAGCUGUUGCAGAAAAUAUGCCAUCAUUAUGUCAUCUUCAGCUUUUUGGAAACAAGAUGACAAAUGAAGGACUAAAGGCCAUUCUUGAUGGUUGCCAUCACCUUGAGUCACUUGAUUUGCGGCAUUGUUUCAAUCUUUGUCUUGAAGGUAGUCUAGAAAGAAGGUGUUCUCAACAAAUCAAAGAAUUGAAGCGCCCUCAUGACUCAACUGAAGAUUAUGAGUUUGAAUGUCACAUUGAGGAUUUUGAAUCAUCUGAUGAAGAUUAUUCGUUCAGAUUUUCAGACAUCGACCAUAUGUCUUUGGAUGAUGAUUAUUAUGAAUUCUCUGAUCUUGACGAUGAAUAUUUUGACUAUGCAGACUUGGUUAUCGAUUAGUGCUGGUUUACUUUGAUUUUGUUGACAGAAAAACCUUUGGGCAUUGUGUAAUGCACUUUCAACUGUUGUGCCAGAUGCUUGAGCUUCAUACAUCUUUUUCAGUGCCUCUGGUGUCUGUUUUACGCAUGGAAAUUUAACUAGAGUUCUCCUUGGUUAACGAGACUAGUAGGCUUGUCAAUGGAGGUUAAUGUAGGCUUCUGUUUCAUUGAAAGUUCAUGUGGUGUUGACAAUCCCUUGCAGCUCUGGCCAACAGCUCGUGAGACUUUAACUAUGAGGCAAGCCCAUUUCCUAUGCUUUUAUCAGGGAGUUGAUUCUGUAGGUGCUAAAUCAAUUUCUUCAAAAUGAUCGUCUCAUUUAUUUGGAUAUGUACCUCAUACCUGUUAGGAAAAAGAGUUUCACAAUUCUCUGUAAUUUUAUGGACAUCUUCUCUUGGCUUGUCCAGAGUUUUGGAUUUCUAUGAUUCUGCCAGUACUGCUUUGUCUACAUUUUGUGUAUCACCACUUUUGGUGACUUCAUUUGCUCAUAAAGGAAACUCAUGGAAUGGAUUGGCA